AUGAUACGCUUAGAAAAUUUCUCCAGAUAUCUUCUUCAAAGGGCACCUCGCCAAUCUUUUAAAGCAAAAUCAACAUAUGUUGGCAUCGAUUUGGGUACGACAAACUCUUGCGUCGCCUACUUGGAUAACGGCAAACCUCAGGUGAUCCCCAACGCCGAAGGCUCGCGAACCACGCCUUCAAUUGUUGCGUUUACUGGAGAAGAAAAUUCUACCGUUCUCGUCGGUACACCAGCAAAACGACAAGCCGUAGUUAACUCAAAGAAUACUAUUUUUGCAGUUAAACGUCUUAUAGGCCGUCGUUUUCAUGAUGCUGAUAUACAGCAAGAUCUUGGUCGCUUGCCGUUUAAGAUUGAGCAAUCACCAAAUCAUGAAGUUCAUUUUAUCAUUGGUGAUAAGAAAUUUCUUCCCAGUGAUAUUUCGUCUUAUAUUCUCAAGGAGAUGAAGUCUGUUGCAGAAAAUCAUCUUUGUUGUGAGGUCAAGGACGCUGUGAUUACUGUGCCUGCUUACUUUAAUGACGGUCAGCGUCUGGCAACUAAAGAAGCUGGAGAGCAUGCAGGUUUCUCAGUUCACCGAAUAAUAAAUGAGCCUACUGCAGCUGCUCUCGCCUAUGGUAUUGAUAAAGCUGACGAUAAAAUUAUUGCUGUAUAUGAUCUUGGUGGCGGGACAUUUGAUAUCUCAAUCCUAGAGUUAAGUAAGGGGGUUUUCGAGGUUAGAUCAACAAAUGGGAACACUCUGUUGGGAGGUGAAGAUUUUGAUAACCUCAUGGUCUCUCAUGUUGUCGAGAUGAUUGGGUCUCCGAAUGUUCGCAAGAAUCCCUCGGCCAUGCAGCGCAUUAAAGAAGUCGCAGAAGCGGCUAAAAUUGACCUCUCUACUGCAGAAAAGACUUCGAUUAAUCUUCCUUUCCUUGCAAACGAUGAGUCCGGCCAACCAAUUCACUUUGAAAUGAAUUUGACUCGAUCUCAGUAUGAGACUAUUGUGGAAGAAUUGAUCUUAAGAACAAUUAUCCCAUGUGAACAGGCGCUGAGCGAUGGGGAUGUGGCAAAAUCAGAGAUCGAUGAGAUAAUUCUGGUUGGAGGCAUGACACGUAUGCCUAAGGUAAAACAGACAGUUCGUGAAAUUUUCGGACGAGAACCUUGUGAAGGGGUCAAUCCUGACGAGGCUGUUGCACUUGGUGCUGCUAUUCAAGCAGGUGUUCUUGCAGGUGAUAUUGAAGAUGUUUUACUUCUUGACGUAACUCCCCUCUCUUUGGGAAUAGAAACCCUAGGAGGUGCCAUGGCCCGACUUUUGACCCGGAAUACCGCAGUCCCCGCCCGCGUCACUCAGGUCUUCUCGACUGCUGUUGAUGGUCAGACUCAAGUUGAAAUCAAUAUCUACCAGGGUGAACGCGAGCUUACAGUUAACAACACUUUACUCGGCAGUCUUGUUUUGGUUGAUAUUUUACCACAACCCCGAGGAGUGCCUCGAAUUGAAGUGACAUUUGACCUUGAUGUGAACGGUAUCCUAAAUGUAUCAGCAAGGGAUCAACUUACCGGUAAGGAGCAACGACUUGAAGUCCGUCCAACAACUGGCCUUUCUCCAGCAGCGGUUAGAGCAGCAAUUACAGCUGCUGAGGCCCAUGCCGAAGAGGACAGACGUCGAAUAAUGGCCAUCGAGAAGACGAGUAGCUUGCGGACUCUCACGGAAGACGUUAUCUCCAAGGUGGACGAAUUUGGUGAUCGAUUGCCACAAGAGGAAGCACAGGAAUUAGUAAGGAUUUGUAAGGAUGAGAUCCUUGCAAAACUGGAGUUCUUGAAGAAGGAGGAGAAGAUUGAGGAAAUUAAGGAAAUUACAAAGGCACUUCAGGAAAGAGCUUUGAAUCUCUUCAAGAGAGCUAAGAGCGUUGUAAGUGUUUGA